GACUGAACCCGUGGCAUUCUGGGAUACAUUGUCAUUUGUUACGCAAAGGAUUGUGGUCAGCAUGAAAAUGGCGCCGAGUCCAAGUGUUGAUGUUUACAUCCAGGCCGUUUUUCUCUGUUUUUGGCAAGUUUUUGGCCACGAGGAACAGUGAAGCUGAUUUGCAAGAAUGAAUGUGACUCCAGAAGACAACACUGAGGUAGUGAGAAUGAUGGGAGAUUUCAACUCCUACCUAGCAGAGGGGAGAAGGCAACACAGCAACUCCUCACUUCUGUUUGACAUGGGUGAUACCACUGCAGGGAAGGGGGAUCUCACCAUGAAACUGGAAACCUCUAGGGACGAGAGCACAGUGCAAUGGGACAGGCCGGAAACUGCCAAGAGAAAUCGAGUGCGCAGACUUGAACAGCAGCAUGCCCUAGAGAAGCAGGGGGAGUUACUGUGGACCCGCAGUAAGGUGGCUAAACUGGAGACCGCCAUCUCACAGCUGGAGACGGAGAAGAAACGAGAGAAGAUCGAGUUUGAAAAGGGACAGGAGACCUUCAGGAUGCAAUAUGAGCGUGACCUAGAACAGGUUAACGACCUCCGGCACAAACUGGAGUUCCUGGAGAGGGAGGAGAAACAAGCGAAAGAAGAGCUCGCAGAAGAGCGGAAAAAACUGACAACGAUUAAGACCCAGUCGGAGAAGAGGAUCAUGGGAUUGCAACGGGAGAAGCUGCACAUCCAAGCAGAGUUAGAGGAGCUGAGGGAAGGGUCCAGAAGCCAGAUAUCCAGCUUACGCAACCAGGUCAAAAGACUUGAAGCAGAACUAGAGAUGAGUGACAGUGAGCUGGCAGAGGCACAGCAACAGGUGCAGCAUCACCGGGGACAGGCGCAGGCGCGGCUGGAGCAGGUGCAGCAGCUGCAGGAGGACAGGAUCAGGGCUGUGACAGCUGAACACAAGGUCAAGGAACUUGAGCUACAGCUGAGCCAGGUGCAGGAGUCAGCUGCGAUGGCCAAACUGAUGAAGACACGACUGGCCAGGUACGAACAGCUGGAGAAGGAGAACAAGAAACUGCUGGAACAGAACAAGUUCUACAGAGAGACAAGUGAGAACAACCAGCUGUUAAAGGAGAAACUUCUGAGUCUUGAGACGAAGUACGGGCGAGCUGAACACAGCAACCUGCAACUCAUCAAGGAAGUUGAGGAUCUGCGAGCAAGGCUGAAGCAGUGGGAGGGUAUUGACCCCAGUGGAGGUCAGACCCCAAGGUCGCCUGCUGAGAUAGCCAAGUGGAUCGCUGAACUGCAAAGAAAGGAGGCGCUUUUGACAGAAAAAACUGGCCAGCUGACUUCCAGCGCCCGUGAAAGCGAAGCGGGGCAAAAGGCAGCAGCCAGCCGACUACGAGAGGUCGAAUCUCAGUUGUUCGCCUCCACUGAGAAGACCAAUCAGCAGGCAGAUCUCAUCAAAAAGUUGCAACGAAGGCUGCUAUUAGUCACAAAGGACCGUGACAGUAUCCGCAACAUCCUGGAGUCUUACGAGAGCGAGGUUACGCGAGCGAGCUCCGAUGACGGCCUGCUACAGCGGUUACAGGACAGCGAAGAGUCUGCCCAACGGUAUCAGAGACACAUGACAUCUUUAGAGGAAGAUUUGCAAAGACUGAAUGCACAGGCUAGUGAAGAAAGAAUAAAAGCACACAGGCUUGAAUCAGAGUUGUCUCAGCUGAAGACACAAACCCCAUCCCCAGCCCCUAACCCCAUCAGCAGCCAGGAAGUCACCACACUCAGGAAGAAGGUGGAAGACCUGGAGGAGGAUCGGCAGAAGCUUCUGGAGGAAAAGGAAAUCCUGGAGGCCCGUGUGGAGCAGAGACACCUACAGGGAGACUUUGACCCCACCAAGACAAAAGUUGUGCACUUUGGGCUGAACCCUACGGCGCUCCGCAGACAGCACAGACAGGAGGAGCUGGAGAAACUACGCGAAGAGUGCGAGAAACUUCGGCAGCGACUAAGAGCGGCAGAGGAAGGGGUCGCCGCCGACGUGACGGCCAGCAUACUGCAGACUCCCUCCAGCAAGGAAAUGGAAGAUCUUAAGAAGCAGUUGACGACAGCUGAGACGAAGAACACCCGUCUUAAGGAGGUGUUUCAACAGAAGAUCCACGAGUUCCGCCAGGCCUGCUACAUGCUGCUGGGGUACAAGGUGGACGUGGUGAAGGACAACAACUACAAACUCAUGUCCAUGUAUGCCGAGAGGCAGGAGGACUGCCUUAUGUUCCAGAUGGUGCCAGGAGGGGAGCUGCAGCUCCUGGAGACUGAGUUCUCCAACUCCCAGGCUGUGAUGAUGCUAGUGGACCUCCACCUGAAGACCCAGCACUCUAUCCCAGCAUUCCUCAGUGCCCUGACCCUUGACCUCUUCAGUCAGCAGACCAUAGCUUGAUGUCUUGACUUUCUAUGACUCUUUUCAUUGUCAUAUUGUCAGUAUUGUAUAAGGCCUAGGAAAAAUGUUGUUACCAAUUACGACCCUGAAAUAGGCUUUUUUUCUUUCAGAUUUCCGCAAAAGUGAUCCAACAAUGCUGUCUAACAAUGUAAAUUUAACUGAAACGCAUCAGGACAUAUUUUCAACAUCAUAUUCUUAUUAUACAGAAUGAGAUAUUCAUUGUACAAGCACAAUUUUCUGUUUCAACAAAAAUCAGGAGCACAUGUUGGGAACAGUUCUACAACAUCUUUUUUCGAUGUCAGAUUGAAAUUUUUUGUCUCUUGCAAGCACAAGUGGUCGACAAACAAUUGACUUUGGGGUCGAAUUGUUUUUGUUAGGGUUGGUCAGGUAACUAAUUUAAAGGAACAUUCUUUUCUUAGGCCUAACCUAAAAUCACAAUUUUGUACUUUCUGAGUGUAUAGUCAUCAUCAUACAUUAUAGCAGCCCAUACAUUGACUUGUGUACUUAUAUGUUUUAAUUUAAACAAAGACCUUAUCAGCAAUCACUACAAUAUGGCUGUACCUUUUAAAGGAUGUAGCCAGAAAAUUGACAUUUUUUGGGGGUGAUUUUUCAGCUCAUUUUUUUGUAGUUAAGUCCAGAGUUAAUUUUGAAAUAUUAAAGGUCUUCUUCUUUAAGUUUUAGAACAUAACUGUUUUAGAAAAUAUCUCAUCUUCUUUACAUUUUGGGUAGGUUGAUAAAAGUCAUUGGCAUUAGAAACAGUGUAUGGAGAGAUACACAGUCCCUUAGAGUACUGUAAAUCUGUAAAUAUAAGGGUCACUUUUAAGUUUCUGCCCUCUUUGCACUUCUCCAUUGCACAUUCAUCUACCCCACAAACAAAUGCCAGUAUUUUCAAUUUGUUAGAAUAUUACUUUACGACAAACGUGAAGUGGAAUAUACCACAAGUUGUUGAUUUUCAAAGUGCCAAAUAUUUUGCGUGCUGCAAACACAAAGAAACUUGCAGUAAAAUGAUCUGAUUUCAUGUAGCAUUUUGGUUAUCUGAAUAAAGCAGCUUAUCUUAAAGCAGCUUAGAAACAUGAGUGUUUUCCAAUGCAGAGGUCACUUGAAUACAUGUAUUGAUCACUUUGAUACAAAAUGUAUUAGUUUGCAGAUUAAAUUCACAGCUGAAAAUGUUUUGAGAAUCACUAUUCAAAUUGUUUGGAAAUUAUGUGUUACCCCUACUAGUGUAUUGACACAAAGUUAAAACAUGUCGCUGAUUAAGUACUGGCGUGUGAAAAUUUAGCUACGAUCCUACACAAUCUCUCACUGCCAGGGAGCCCUCUAGAGACCUUAAGUCAGGCUUCUACAAAAUAGCUCACGUAGCGCAUCGUAGGAGUGCGUACCGGCACCAUAAACUGGUUCAAAACUGGUACUUCUUGCUGGAAUGGACAAAUAAAACGAACCAGAAAAAUCAGUGGACUGUUUUUUUGAUCAAUAAGAAAAUUAACACUAUACCAGCAGGCAGUCACAUGUUUGGAGUAUACCUGUCCAUGCUAGGAAAUAAGCCAACGAUAAGCCAAAACAG